AUGGAUACCUACAUUCGAAUGAUCAGCUCCUUGGACGACUUUGAUCCUCAGGCUUUGGCCCCCGAAGAUUUGGAGACAACUUUAACAUCUCUGAAGCAGCAGCUGCUGAAAACGGAGGCUGCGAAACUAUUGUUGCCUGCGAAGGAGACCUCUUUCAGUCGUGUUGCAUUGGGGAGACUAUCUCAUUUACUGAAUUUGGUGUUUAGGCCUGAUAAGCAGCACGAACCGAAACUGGCAGCUCUUAGGGAAUUGGACUCUGUGUCUUUGAUCAUUUGUGGGCUUAGUCUUACCCAAAAAGCCAUCGAGGUUAUGCGGAAAGAACUCUUCGAUAUCUUGCUCGAACAAGCUGUGAUCGCUUCUCAAACAACUGUGAAGAUUAUCGCCAAGAGUGAUGAAAUAAACAAGGUAGUCCUGAGCUCAUCGGCCGACGAAGAUUUUCUAAAAAGCAAGUUCUAUCAUCAUAUCAGUCUGAGACGAAUCGUUAAUGGCACUAUACGCCCAAGUCUUCAAUACUCUCUCUGCGGAGGACCGUCCUGGUGCUAUACUACGAUCAUCAAGCCGGAGUCUAUGCAGACUGCAUUCCCUCGGUUGCUUAUUAAAGCUGUCCGCGGCUACGUCACAACUUUUCUCCCAUCCGAGGGAUCUACGGAUGGAUUAAUCAGAGUAAUGAUUAUGUUUGAUCAGAGCCUCCUUCAAAAUCUAUUCGGCUGUGCAGAGAGCGACACAAUGGCUGCUGAGCGGUUUUCCGUCGGUUGCGCUGUGAAGAAUCAGAUAGCUGUGGCGUUCGGAGAUGAUGUUUUCGAAGCUAUUACAAGCAGUCAAGCCUGGAGUCAGGAAACCGGGGAGAUUGAGACUAGGUGUGUGAAGGCAGAUAUAUAUCCAGCACAACUCAUGAUGAUCAGUUUGACGGUUGGCUGGACAUCAUGUUACAAUUUCGUAAAUUCAAUCUACCGGUCGUGA